GACGAGUUUCAGUUGAUUUUACCCUAUUUUGAUCAAAGCAAAAUUUUUGUAAUACAAAUAAACUUAAAUUUGCAGUUAAAACGUUAAUUAUAUUGUAUUUAAAGCUUUCACAAACAGAUUAAGAAUUCUCAAUCGCUAUGGUACUGUUGUCUCAAGUCAGAAAUGUCGUUAAAAGACUUCCAAUGAUUCAAUUUCGAGCUCAUCCAAUUCAUAAAGCUGAACCAGUUCAAACAAUAAUAGCAGCACAGCAAACAGUCAAAACAUCAUCUGCAAAAGUUAAAGCUCCAGCAAUAGAAGAUUGGCAGCUUGCAGCACGUUACCGACGACGACCUAUCGAUUCCAAAGAAGUUGAUGCUAUAAAUUCAGGAGGAGCCUAUUAGAAUAUUUAUUUAAAAUGAGUUUGAGUGAGGUCACUAAAGGAACUAAUUGUUUAAUAGCCUUAAACUGACAUAAUCUGUAAAGCAUAAUUAUUUGAACGAACGCAAAAGAAUAAAGAAUUCGAAAUUCAAUCUAAUUAAGAUAUAA